CGUCAUCAGCGGGCGCCCAGCCUUACGAAACCAAAGAGUGCACAGCAAAACCGCUGGUGGUGGCGGCGGCCGCGGCGGCUGAGCUGAGGCAGUAGAAGUAGCGACAGCGACGGCAGCAGCGAUGGCUGGGGCGGGACCAGCCCCGGGACUCCCGGGUGCCGGGGGACCCAUGGUCCCGGGCCCUGGCGCCGGCAUCCCGGGCAAGAGUGGCGAGGAACGCUUAAAGGAGAUGGAGGCGGAAAUGGCCCUGUUUGAGCAGGAAGUUCUGGGGGCUCCAGUAACCGGGAUCCCGACUGGUGUGCCUGCGAUGCCCACGGUCCCUACGGUAGAAGCAAUGCAAGUUCCAGCAGCUCCUGUAAUCCGCCCGAUUAUCGCAACCAACACAUACCAGCAGGUCCAGCAGACUCUGGAGGCCCGGGCAGCUGCUGCAGCCACAGUGGUUCCUCCCAUGGUGGGCCCUCCUUUUGUAGGUCCAGUUGGCUUUGGCCCUGGUGAUCGGAGUCACCUGGAUAGUCCAGAGGCUCGAGAAGCCAUUUUCCUACGGCGAGCAGCAGUGGCCCCCCAGAGGGCCCCUAUCCUGCGGCCGGCCUUCGUCCCCCAUGUGCUGCAGAGAGCAGAUUCUGCUCUCUCUUCUGCAGCAGGUGGUCCCCGUCCUAUGGCCCUUCGGCCCCCUCACCAGGCCCUUGUGGGGCCCCCUCUGCCUGGGCCUCCUGGACCACCCAUGAUGCUACCACCGAUGGCUCGGGCCCCAGGGGCCCCCCUGGGUGCUAUGGCAGCUCUGAGGCCUCCUCUGGAAGAACCAGCAGCCCCCCGAGAGUUGGGCCUGGGCCUGGGCCUGGGCCUGAAAGAGAAGGAAGAGGCAGUGGUGGCAGUGGCGGCGGCAGCAGCUGGGCUGGAGGAGGCCAGUGCAGCAGUGGCCGUGGGGGCAGGAGGCGCCCCAGCUGGCCCUGCAGUCAUUGGGCCCAGCCUUCCACUGGCCCUGGCCAUGCCACUGCCUGAACCUGAGCCUCUGCCCCUCCCACUGGAGGUAGUACGUGGCCUACUGCCCCCGCUGCGCAUUCCUGAGCUCCUCUCCCUGCGUCCACGGCCCCGGCCCCCUCGGCCUGAGCCACCGCCUGGUCUCAUGGCUCUUGAGGUCCCAGAGCCCCUGGGUGAGGACAAGAAAAAAGGGAAGCCAGAGAAACUGAAACGCUGCAUUCGCACAGCGGCUGGCAGCAGCUGGGAGGACCCCAGCCUGCUGGAGUGGGAUGCGGAUGACUUCCGGAUCUUCUGUGGGGACCUGGGCAAUGAGGUGAAUGAUGACAUCUUGGCACGCGCCUUCAGCCGCUUCCCAUCCUUCCUUAAAGCUAAGGUGAUCCGUGACAAGCGCACAGGCAAGACCAAGGGCUAUGGCUUCGUCAGCUUCAAGGACCCCAGUGACUAUGUGCGUGCCAUGCGUGAGAUGAAUGGGAAAUAUGUGGGCUCACGGCCCAUCAAGCUGCGCAAGAGCAUGUGGAAGGACCGGAACCUGGAUGUGGUACGCAAGAAGCAGAAGGAGAAGAAGAAGUUGGGCCUGAGAUAGGGUCUGUGGCCAGGCACCCGCUUACCCGGCUGGGCGCUGGCUCCUCCCCACAGUUCUCUUUGGAAAACUCCCAAGUCUUCACCCACCCACUUGCCCCAGAACGAGUUUCAAUAAAUUUAUGUUCAUUUCCA